AUGAGUCCAUUCUGCCUAGUAUACGGAAAGGCUUGUCACCUCCCGGUGGAGGUGGAACACAAAGCUUACUGGGCGGUGAAGGAAUGCAACUUAGGAUUGGGGGGAGCUGGAAUUGAAAGGAAACUGCAACUACAGGAAUUGGAGUGCCUUCGUCUAGAAGCGUAUGAGAACUCAAGGCUCUACAAGGAAAAGGUGAAGGCGGUGCAUGAUAAGAACAUCAAGAGAAGAGAGUUUGGAGCUGGGGAUUUAGUCCUCCUCUAUAACUCAAGGUUGAGACUAAUGCCAGUCAAGUGGAGAUCAAGGUGGGAAGGACCCUAUAGGGUGGAAAAGGCUGAGCUAUAUGGGGUCUUCCACCUGAGUCACCCUUCAAGCCCCACCUUCUUCAAAGUCAAUGGCCACUGUUUGAAACUAUAUCAUGGUGAGAAGAUGAAGAACAACACGGAGUUGGAGAUCUUCCUCUUGAAGGAUCCAGCACAAGAAGAGGACUGA